CAUUCUAUUAGAAUUAUAAAUAAAUAAAUUUCUAUUUAUUACAGAAAAUAAUGAUUCAUUAUUAAUGAAACAGAAAAAAUUCUCCACAAUGUGAAAAUACGAAGUUACGUAUAUAUUAUGACAGCUGUGGUUACGUAUACGUCGACAUUAAUAAUCUGUCAAAACCAAGACAUGCCGCGAUCAUAUCGCUUAAUGUGCGACAGUCGCCUGGAUUCUUAUAUUUUGCGAAAAGAUUGUGAAUCAUUUGAAAACGUUUUUUCUCUCAUUGAAGGCGACUACAUGCCGGCCAAUUAUGUUCAUCGUACAAAGCAACGCACCGUGUUGGGAAUUGCUGCGGAAAAUGGUUCACUGAAUAUGAUGUUAAAGCUUUUGGCUUUUGGUGAAAGUGCGACCUUUAAAGAUCCAUUUGGUAAAAGCGCAAUUGAUUAUGCGAAAGAAAAUAAACAAGAGGAAUGUUGUGAGGGUUGUGAGCUCUUAAUGUGUUAUGAACGUGUGACAUCCACCACAACAUGGAAAAAUUACGUGGAAAUUGGAAGAGCGUAUCGAUCAACACAAGGCACACAAAAUAUUAUUGAUCACAACUUACUUUUUCAUGUCAUUGAUCAUAUCCAUGAAAAUACGUCAAAAAAUGGCGCUAUUCUUGUAUUUUUGCCCAGCUACGACGAUAUAUGCGAACAACAUGAAAAGUUAGUAAGCGUACAUGGAUUACAGGAUUGGGGUUAUAAGAUUUUUGCGCUGCAUAGCGAACUAAAUGAUGAAAACAAUGAGGGUCAUGCUCAUGUCUUUGAUCGCAUGGAAAAUGGCGUUCGAAAAAUAAUAUUAUCUACAAAUAUUGCAGAAACAGCACUUACAAUAGAUGAUGUCGUCUACGUUGCAAGCGAAAAUAUUACAAAUUUGGGUAAACACGGUAAACAUUUGGUAAACAUGCCAAUCGAUUGUCAAUUGAGUAAGACACUCUUCUACGCAAUUAUUUUGCGAUGUUUGGAUCCCAUUGUUAUGAUUUCCAGUGCACUGUCGGUGAAAGAUUUAUUCGUACUUUCAUUUGAAAAUACACAGGAAGUGACUGAAAAAAUCAAUGAAACAAAAAAUCGAUUCGCAGAAAAUAAAUAUAGCGACCAUCAACUGUAUUUCAAUAUAAUUCAAAAUUGGUCGAAACAAUUACGGGAACAUCAACGAAAAUUUUGUGUCGAGAAUUACAUUUCACAAGGUAACAUGUUAAAAGCCGAAGGCAUUCGAUGUUUAAUCUUCGACUACAUAUGCAAAUCUGGUAUGAUUUCGCAAUCAAUGCGUGAAUUGAACGAAAAUUCCAGCAAUUGGAAUGUGGUGAACGCAUGCAUCAUGGCUGGGUUUUAUCCUAACCAUAUUGUGAAUAAUGGGAACAGCAUUGGAAAUACCCAUCCACAUCCGUCAUCUGUUGUGUCACAAGCUAGCCUAAAUCAACCUGGACUUGUGGUAUUUGAACAAAAACAAAAACGAAAGAACGGCAACUUUGUUCUGAAAAAUAUUUCAGUUUUACCAUCGGAAGCUGAAAGUUUGUUACCAAAAUCAAAAUAAUUCGAAGCAAAUUAACCAAAUGGAUUCACUUUGCAGGGCAAUGAAUUUUUAAGUUUUUUUUUUUGCAUAUUUGCUCGCAUACAUUGCGUUGAAUGCAUAAGAAUGUUCUUCGGGUUCUUCGUUAAUUAUUCCUAGGAAAAGAAAGAAAAUGAAUGAAUUAUUUACUUACUUUUUUUUAUUGUGGCCAAGCUGAACCAAUAUUCUUUGAACUAAACAAUACACCCGAAAAAAAGAAAAACGCUUAAAAGCGAUACGAAAAUGUAUAAGAUAUUCUAUUAUACUCACAUAAAAACAUUCACCUUCGAUUCCGUUCGGAAUUUAAAUUGCAGCCAAGAUACUUUGAUUUUGCUCAUUAAAUUCACAAUAAACACUUUCAUUAUUUCUUUCGGAUUGUACUUAAUUAUUAAUAAUUUAUAAUAAAAACAGCAAAACAUGCUGAUACAAUUAUUUGUUAUUUCUUUUUCGUCGAAUGAACAAGUCGGAAGAAAUGAAAACAUAUAAACGUCAUUUAAGUCAGGCUUCCAUCUGAAGUUGGCAACAAAAAGCAAAUAAUGCAAGUAGCUCCCUCAUAUUCAAACUAUUUUUCAAAUUUUAUUUUAAAAAAACAUAUUAAUCAAAUAAAUGUAAUUUCAGUCCAAUUUAUUUAGAAAGAUGAAAAAUGGCUUUUAUUUUCGGCAAAGGUAUAAACGUAU